AUGGAGGGGCUCUUUUUCAACGUUAACUACGGCUACGUCGAAGGUGUGGUCAGAGGUUACAAGAGUGGGCUUCUUACUUCGAACCAAUAUGUGAAUUUGACCCAGUGUGACAACUUGGAAGAUUUGAAAUUACAAUUGUCUGCCACAGACUACGGCAACUUCUUAGCUCAGCAAUCGGGUCCUUUGCUGACGAGUAUUAUCCAGGACAACUUGCUGAAGAAGUUGUACCAGCAAUUUCAGUAUUUGAAGACUCAGUCGUCGGGCAAGCUUACCAAGUUUCUUGACUUUAUCAGCUAUGGCUAUAUGAUAGACAAUGUCUCGUUGAUGAUCACGGGGACUUUACACGAGAGAGACAGAUCAGAAAUCUUGCUGAAAUGCCAUCCUUUGGGGUGGUUUGACACUUUGCCCACACUUUCGAUUGCUACCGACAUCGAGAGUUUGUACAGCACUGUUUUAAUCGAUACCCCUUUGGCUCCUUUUUUCAAGAACUGUUUGACUGUGGACGAUUUGGACGAUUUGAACAUCGAAAUCAUUAGAAACAGAUUGUACAAAAACUACUUAGAGGCGUUUGUUGAAUUUGUAGGCACGGAGUUCAGCAACCCUGACGACGAAAUUAUGGCUCGUUUGUUGAGCUUUGAGGCUGAUAAGAGAGUCAUCAACAUCGCUCUCAACUCGUUGAACAAUCCGGACUUGUCGCCCGAGGAUAAACUUUCAUUGUUUCCUAGCUACGGUAAAUUAUAUCCAACUUACCAUGGCGAGUUGUCGCAAGUCGACGACUUUGAACAGUUGAAGGCUAUAGUCGAAAAUGUAGGUGAGUACAAGGACAUCUUCAGCGAGUCGUCUGAUACAGGUGCCGGAGCUAAGAACUUGGAGGACUGGUUCUACUUGUUGGAAAUGCAGUACUGUAAGAACGCUUUCACUCAGCAAUUCACAUUGUCAACAGUUUGGGCAUGGUUGAGAUCCAAAGAACAGGAAAUCAGAAACGUCACCUGGAUCGCCGAGUGUAUUGCCCAGAACCAGAAGAACAGAAUCGACAACUACAUUUCUGUCUACUAGUAUUAGUCUGUACUAGUCUACUGUAUCUAGCUUAUACUAAUAGUUUAUAAGCUUAGCCUUCAUUUCAUUCUAUACGUUUAUCGAUAUUUAGUUCUUCAUUAGAUCAAAACCAUUGACUUCAUAGGAAAAGCGGUACUUCGACAGCUCCACCCACAUUUUUGAUAUUUGAACCAUCGUCGUCGACUUGUCCAUUAUUUGUAGUCUUUCUCUUCUUUCUGAUUGAAGCGCUGUUAGCAGCUUGGUGAGCCUCGUAGAUGGUCUCAUUAAUUUGAAUAUUCUCGUCAGUGUUUGCAAUUUCUCCUGGAUUCUCACUCCGCAACAUGGCAUAUGAUAGUUUCGGGUUUGUAUCUACUAGUGGUUCUUCAGCUAGUGGUUGGUACUCUUGUAUGGUAUUUGCAUCAUUGAGAAUGUCUCGCUGGAUAUUUUUGGACGAAUUGUAGUUCUUUAUAUAUUCGUAGCUUUCGUCGUCAAAGAGGUUGUUGAUGUUGAUUCCGCUAUUGCCAUUUUCUUCGUACAUCUCGUUAACUACAGUAGAUACUUCCAACAUGUUGAAGUUGAUGAGCGUACCAGCAUAAUUGGGCAAGUAGGGGUUUUUACAGAGCACCUGGAUUGAAAGAACACCAUUGAAAUCCUUAAGAAUCUUACAUUUAGACGACAUCUUGACGGCACGAAAGAUUCUAAUGAAGGUAGCAAAAUUGUAGCACGAGAUGAGCGAGGUAUUUACAGGGAUGUUAUCUCCUUCGGAGUCACUGUUUUGCGAGAAAAUAAGCAACUUCUCGAGAAUCGUCUUCUCG